UUGAGCCUGAUUUGAGCAGUGUCAUAAUUUUUAAAUUUUAUUAUUUAAUUGAGCAUGAACGCAGGAGAUGCGUUAAAUAUUUUUUAUUGUUUAGGACAAACAAUUUGUUAAAUUAGGUUUUUAUUAGAUCUGCUCUAUGAGCUCUGACGUUGCCAAAACGGAAUCAUCACCAUGGCAGUUGUUAGCCAAAAGUGUAUAAAAUCUAUGAGCCCAGCAGCCGUUCCAAACGGGAACCAUCAGAAGCUCGUCAACGCCCCUGAGUUGAGAAAAAUGGAGGUGGCGUUAGAAUUGUACAAAAAUCCAACCACCAUUACAACCUACCGAUGUCAUUACACAGGCUGUGAAUCUGAUUCAAAAUAUGACAUUGGAGUUGUCAUGUUUACUGUGCCUCGCACUGGCUGUCGGCGGAUAAUGUGGUUGGAAGCGAUGGGGUUGGACGAGACUGACAGUAGGAAAAAUUUAAAAUGUUGUAGCAAACAUUUUGAUGCUCACGAUUCCAACAAGCGUGGUAAACUUUUGAAGACUGCAACGCCAAAAUUGUAUGAGGUCCCUUCCAAGCCUCCUGAUACCCCUGUUUUGCCCAGUGGAAACACUUCGUCCUCUUCCCAGAAUAACACUGCAGUUGACAGAAAACCAAGAACAAGAAAGCAAAAGGCAAUCGAGACUGAGCCUUCAGAAAUAUCUCCAAAGAAAAGGCGUCAAAAAAUGCAUGAUGCUGAUAAUAAGGAAAAUUCGAGAGCCAAUAAACAGAGUGGAGGACCUGAAAAAGUUACACAAUUGGGAUUGGUGAUGGAAAUUCCGAGAACGCCUAUGAAAGGAAUUAGCGUGAACACUAUAAACUGUGAGGUCACAAAGCAAGGUGAAGAAACUGAAUGUGAUGAUGUGCAGGCUGAAAUGUCGUUAGGGCCUUGCCAUGAAAUGGUUGGCUCAGAAGUGGAGAGCAGUUUGAAUAGCAAGAAAGAUAAAAAAUACGAGCAUGCAUUAAGAGGGCUUUGUAAUUUAGGAAACAGUUGCUACAUGAAUGCAACUUUACAAGCCUUGUUCUCCUCACCGCUGUUUGAGGCCUAUGUUUCCAGCCAUGAGCACGUCGAUGGAGUUAGCCACAUAAGCACUGGUUGCAUGUCGUGUCAUCUGCGCUUCGUAUUGCACAACAUUCGGAAGAAUUUGGAUGACCCAUUUUCUCCAUCGGUGUUUGCUCGAUUCAUAUGGAGUUUCCACUGCUUCUCCAGAGGAGAGCAAGACUGUGCUAUGAAGUUGCUACAAUUUGUCCUUGACGGCAUAAGAGAAGAGGAGGGGUUGGAGAAUUUUAGUGGUUUUAAAGACAUGUCUACUGGGAUUGUUGCUCACUUAAAAACAUGCUGCCACUGUGAGACACAAAAAGCACCUAAGGAAGAGACGUUACUAGACUUGAAUCUAAAGAUGCACCGAACGCUGUCUGAAUCAAUUGAUGAUUUUCUCCAAAAGGAGACAAUGGAAGGAGGAAACAGUCCUUGGUGUUACUCUUGCUUGCGGAACACAAUUCACACUACUCAAACUUUUCUUCUGUCGUGUCCCCAAAUUUUGAUUUUGCAGCUGAACAGAUUCCAACAAAACCCACGCACUUUACAGUGGGAGAAAAAUGACGGAGAAAUAAUAAUCGACAGACAUCUGAGGCUUCCCAUCACACGAUUUGAGAUUUUUGAAAAUGGCCACAGUGGCGAUGAAGUCGUACCAAAAACAAACGAAUUUGCCAACUAUCAUUUGGUGUCAACUAUUAACCACUGUGGGUCCCUUCAGGACGGGCAUUACACCAGUCACAAGUUUGACUCCAAUUUUGGUAGAAGGAUUUCAUUUAAUGACGCAGAGGUUGUCCACGACUCAACGGCGGAAGUCGAUGGCUCGGCAUAUGUUUUGAUUUAUGAAAAACAGUCUUCAGUGAAAGAUUUUUCAAAAAAUGACGAAGCAGCUGCAGUGCAGUCAGAGGUUCAUCAAAUCCCUCCUUCCUCCCCACCUGAGAGUUCCAUCGUUGCUGGUGAUCAUCAACAAGAUGCUGACAGCGUCAAAGCAGUGUUCCAUUUUAAAGCAACUGGGUCCAAGAAGAAGCCAAUAAGGGAAAACAUACUCAAAAAAAUUAGCAAGACAAAAGUAACUCAACUUGAUAAAGACUCGGCAUUUUUCUACACACAAUUGAAGAAGCAACGACGAGAAAUUGUAAGGAAAUCAAAGAAGAUUGCAGAGUUGAAGUUAGCUUUGAGAAAUGAAGAGACUGUUGCAAAGAACUUUCUGGGAAAAAACCUGCCCGAGAAUUGUGUUGAUUUCAUUUUUCAACAAAUCAGCUUAAGAAAGAAGGAACCAAAGGGACGGAGGUACAGACUUGAAGAAAAAUUACUAACCAUUGAUGUUGCCAAAGGAGGAAGGCGUGGGCUAAGGGCUCUAAAAAAAAUGUUUGCCCUACCUUCCAUGAUCACAACAGCUAGGUUGCUAAGAGACAUCCCCAUUGACACAGGCUAUAAUGCACGGCUCUUUGUUGCCAUUGAAGAUUACGCGUCCACUCUGACUGAUGUUACCGCCAAAGCCGUAUCUUUGCUGGUUGACGAAAUCGCCAUCAUGAAACACCUGUCUUUCAACAGCAAAAAGAAAAGAUUUGACGGUGUGGCAGAUUUCGGUGAAUUUGAGAGAAUACCUGAGGUUGCGAAUGAGGCACAGGUCACCAUGAUCUACUUUUUGAAAAGCCGAGUGAAAAUGCUUCUGUCGUACGUUUUUGCAAGUGGUACCACCCCAGCUGAUUUAUCUGCCAAAAUUUUGCUCGGGAACAUUAAACGAUUGGCAAACAUCGGCGUCAGAACAGUCUCUGUUGUUUGUGACCAAGCUCCCAGUAACAGGCAAAUGUACAAAAAACUAGAAGCAACGACAGAGAAACCAUACAUUACUCUAAAUGGUCUAAAAACUGUUCUCACCUAUGAUGCUCCUCACAUUUUUAAGCGCAUUGUGGCAAUGUUGCGAAAAUAUUUUGUCAGAAUGGCUGAAGGGAAAAUUGCAGACAUUGAUCACGUAAGGCGGAUCCUGGAAGUUAAUCAGAAUUUAAGUGGCACAAGGCUAGCGCCAAAGCUUACGUACCGCCAUAUUUUUACGGACAACAAAACAGCUAUGCGAGUACAUCUAGCCACACAAGUCAUCAGUCAGUCUGUUGCAGCUGCCAUAAACACGUUGAUUUCUUCUGGACAUUUGCCUUCAACUGCUUGUCACACGUCCUCAUUUUGCCAACUAAUGAAUGACACCUUCGACAGCUUAAAUGGGAGCACAUAUUUCAAUUCACGGCCUCUGAAAGAAAGACUAGACGACAACUCACCACACUGGGAGCAUUGGAGAGUAGUCGAGAAAGAAGUUUCCCAGUGGUCUUUUGUGCACAAAAUUACCAAAAAGAGCGUUUGGUCACCCUCGUUCAUUAGUCUGCGCUGGGACUUUCAGGCAAUGCGCGAGUUGUGGCCAGUUUGCAAGAGUCUAGGGUUCAAAUAUCUGCUGCUCCGAGACCUGGACCAGGACCCAAUCGAAAAUGGCUUCAGAGAUUUUAGGGACCAGUGCGGCGAUAACAGGAUGCCAACGACGUCUCAAUUUCGCAAUGCAUUUGUCAACAUUCAGUUGAAUGCUUUUAACAAAGCAGCUGACUUAAAAGGCAACUGUGAGCCGGACGAAGGCACCAUGGAACCUGUGAGAAAGUUUCUUGUCAAAGCAUUGGUUCCCGCAAUUCGACCCAAAACUUCGACACCUUCCAUGACAGAUGUGGCACAGUCCUUGACUUACAGUGACAUAGGAGUUACUCACCGGGAUUUGCAGAACAUUGAAGCCAAUUCCGACAGCUACUUUGCAGGCUUUUGCAUCAAAUACGUGCAGCGGAGGCUCAACUGCAACAUUUGCGUGGCUUCACUUUGUGUAGCAGACGGACUUCUGGAACCUCACCACGUGUAUACUCAAUUCAAAGAGUAUGACGAUGAGCGACUUCGACUCAAGUACGCCAGUGAAAGGUUUGCUGAUCUUGUUGGCCAAAUUGUGCGCACUGUGAAAGCAGAGGUCAAGGUUAAAUUCCACUUAAAAGGAAUUGAUGACAUGGUAAUGCAGCAAUUAAGUUCAAAGUUCAAUCACUUAGAUUGGAUCGGCUGCGCAGAACAUCAUGAACUUUGUCAAGCGAUAUUGUUCAAGUUCCUUAUUACAACUUGUUGCCAUUGGUUUGCGAAAGACAAGAACAGACAGAUGAAGUUGUGUAUGUUGAAGUCAGAGAGGAAAAGAAAAUUAAUGAUAAAUACCUUGAAUAUGAAGGUAAAAAGAGCUGUGCACACUUUAAGGAAGAAGGCAAGAAAAUGCCUUGCAAAUAAAAUUGUAGGAGUUGGAUUUUAAAUUGAUUUUUAUAAAAUUCACCCACCGGUCUCCUCUGCUGGGAUUAGCCGUUCUAUAUUUUUGAUAUACACUUGAAAAUCAUGUAUACCACAUACUGUUUAAUUCAACGAAGUUGAGCACAGAGCUACAGGUGUUGAGGUUGGAGAGGCAAGUGCAAGGAUUUGCGCCUUGGACAACCAACUUCUUCAACUGGCCUCACCCUAGUUAUCCUUUCAGUAUCAUUCCAAGCUGAGGUGCACAUAGGUUUAUGGAAAGCAGAAAAAAAGUAAAAUUUUUAAUAGUUAAACAUUCAUUGUUUUGAUAAAGAGAACAUUUUGUUAGUGUAUAGUAGAAGCUACUUAGUGGUAAAUCCGUCAUAUUAAAUUAUCGGCAGAUAAUUCUUUCUGAAAACGUACAUGUGUAUAUGUAUAUCGUACACUUAGUUUAACUCACGAUGCCAAGCUUUGCUGUACAGUUCGGAGGGACCUGAGGCGACUUCGAGCCAGUUUCACCUUGCAGAAAGAGUCGCAGGCAGCCUCAAGUGUCUCAUAGUGGCCUACUGGGAGAGCCAGUGUGGAAGGUUAACCUAUUGUGGCUGUUGUCGGACUCGUUCUUGCAGUGCACACAUAAAAUCUAUAAUCCCACUUUCACUUGUUCUUCGCAACACAUAGUCGUAACCCAGAGAUUCCUUUCAAGAGGCUAACUGCAUGGGAAAAUUAAAAUUUCUAUGUAAAUUAAUAUUGGGAACACUUGCCUCCCCAACAGAACUAUGCUUGUUCAUGGACACUAAUAUUUUAAAGGAGAGUCUCAAAGUAGUAUCCUAAUUAAGCUCAUGACUGAUCUGAAAAAAGUGUAAAAUGAUAAACAAUAAGUGAUA